AUGCUGCGCACUGGCGUGGACAGUUCAGAUCCCUCCAGGGGGUGGGGUCAGGGUCUGGUAUCCCUCCCUUUACCGGCCCCUUGUGGCUCGGUCGCCUCCUCUGUCGUGUUUGAUCUGCACCGAUCGUGGGAAUUGUAGGAAGGACUCAGGGACACCCGCGAAACCUAGACAUGGUCCCAGUGGCCUUUGAGGAUGUGGCUGUGAGCUUCAGUUUGGAGGAGUGGGCCCUAUUGGAACCUUCACAGAAGAAACUUUACAGAGAUGAGAUGAGGGAAACCUUUAGGAACCUGCCCUCCAUAGGUAAGGAUGAGGACAUUUCUUCAAUUGUCAAGUAGAGAACAAGUGUUUCUUGUUCAUCAGCAUAAUUCCAUGAUGUGUAAUGUAUAAGGGAGCAUGGUAAGUAAACUGGGCAUGGUCUCUGCUCAUCAUAGAUCUAGAAGCUGAUAUUUUUUUAAUAAUUAUAAUGAUUUGGAAUAAUUUUUCUGGUUCUGAAUUUUAGGGGGAAAAUAGAAAGAUCUGUACUUUGAAGAUCAGUACAAAAACCAGGGAAGAAAACUAAGAAGUUAUAUGGCAGAGAAACUCGGUGAAAGUAAAGAGAAUAGUGAAUGUGAAGUAAACUUCAACUUUACUUCAAAUUUUAAUCAAAAGAAGAAGACUACUGGAGUAAAACCAUAUGAGCACAAUCCAUGUGGAAAAGCCUUUAUGUGCCAUUCAUCUAUUGAUAGACUGACUAGAUGUCACACUGGACAACAUGAGUACCUGAAAUACGGAGAGAAGCCAUAUAAAUGUAAGGUAUGUGGGAGAGCCUUUAGUUAUCUACAGUGCUUUGAACAACAUGAAAGAAAUCACAAUGGAGAGAAAACCUGUAAAUGUAAGGCAUGUUGGGAGAGUCUUCGUGUGCUUCAAAGCCCUUCGAAAACACAUGAUAACACACACUACAGACUCUUCUUAUAAAUGUAAGGAACGUGGAAGAGUCUUCAGUUGUUCAAAUUCAUUUCUAUUACGUGAAAGAAUGCACACAGGAGAGAAACCCUGUGAGUGUGAACAAAGUGGGAAAGCUUUCAGUAUUUCUAGCUCUCUUCAAAUGCAUGAAAUAACUCACAGUGGACAGAAACCCUAUGAAUGUAAGGAAUGUAGAAAAGCCUUCAGAUAUUAUCAAAGUUUUCAAACACAUAAAAUAAAUCACACUGGAGAGAAACCCUAUGAAUAUAAAAAAUGUAGUAAAGCAUUUAGUUGUCUCAGUUAUCUUCGAAAGCAUGAAAGAAUUCACGUUGUAGAAAAAUCCUAUGAGUGUAAAAUAUGUAAUAAAGCAUUCAGGUAUCCUAGUUAUCUUCACAUACACGAAAGAACUCACACUGCAGAGAAACCCUAUGAAUGUAAAAUAUGUAGUAAAGCAUUUAGUUGUCUCAGUUAUCUCCGAAAACACAAAAGAACUCAUAGUGGAGAGAAACCAUAUAGAUGUAAGGAAUGUGGAAAAACCUUUAGGUGCUAUAAAAGUCUUCAAACACAUGAAAGAAGUCACCCUGGAGAGAAACCCUAUACAUGCAAAAUAUGUAGUAAAGCAUUCAGGUGUCUCAGUGAUCUUCGAAGACAUGAAAGAACUCACAAUGCAGAGAAACCCCAUGAAUGUAAAAUAUGUAGUAAAGCAUUUAGAUGUCCCCGUUAUCUUCAAACACAUGAAAGAAAUCACACAGGAGAGAAACCCUAUGGAUGUAAAGUAUGUAGUAAAGCAUUCAUGUAUCCCAGUUAUCUUCAGAGACAUGAAAGAACUCACACUGGAGAGAAACCCUAGGAAUGUAAGGAAUAUGGAAAAGCCUUCAGUUAUCACACAAGCUUUCGCAGACACCUGACAAUGCACACGGGAGAGAAACCAUAUAAAAGUGCAGAAUGUGAGAAAAGCCUCAGUUAUCCCAGUUCCUUUCAAACACAUGAAGGGACUCGCUGGAUAAAAGCUCUUGAAUGUAAACAGCAUGGAAAAGACGUGAAUUGGCCCUCAUCCUUCCAUAUGAAAAUUCCCAUGGAGAGAAAUAAACAUGUAAGUAACAUGAGAACGCUUGAUAGAAAUUAAUCCACGUAUAAGGUGCCAGAAAACGUUCAACAUGAGGAAGUUUUUCUUGAGGUUGUAAAUACAUUGUAUUUAUUAAACCUCUUUUUGGAAUGCAUUAUUGGACCUUGGAUUUCUACUAAUUGCUUCCAGCAAUGAAUACUCAGGUGAGAUCAUUCUAAGAGUUGUCGUUCAACAAUAGUACAUAGGAUUAAUAGGGCUUUCCCCUUAAGCCCUAGCCAGUUUGGCUCAGUGGAUAGAGCGUCAGCCUGUGGACUGAAGGGACCCGGGUUUGAUUCCGGUCAUGGUCACACGCCCAGGUUGUGGGCUCGGUCCCCAGUGAUUCUCUUUCAUCAUUGAUGUUUCUAUCUCUCCCUCUUCCUUCCUCACUGAAAUCAAUAAACAUAUAUGUUUAAAAAGUAGUACUUUUCCCUUAAAAUGUUUAAUAUUUUUCUUCAUGUUGAAGUCUUUUAGAUCCAUAGAUAUUUGAAGUAUAUUUCUUAUAUGCAGUUAGGUUAAUUUUUUGUUUACAAUGUUUCAUUGUUCCGUGUUAAGGAGCCAUUUUAAAAAGAACAGUUUGCUGAUUUUUUUUAAAAGUUUGCUAAUUUGAUUUUCUUAGUGGUCUUGUGGCAAUCCUUUAUAUUCCUAGAUUAUUAUUAUAUAAAUUCUAUUUUCCCUCGGACAAAGCUCCUUUUUGGAGGUGAUGGGUAUAAGGGCCUUUCCCAUUUUUAUACUAAUAAAUAUUUAGAAUAAAUUUUAUGUAUCAUAAUUUUAUUAAAUAAAGUGGUUUUAUGUGAAUACU